GUUUGUGCUUUUGGUUCUCUAUCUGUACAUUAGAGUGUUCACAGUUUAGCAAGAUAGUUUAACCCAGCUUUGAAAAAUGGGGUUUGGGGUACUGUUUGUUGGGAUCUUGCUAUCUUGUGUUCUAUGUGUGAACAGUGUAGAGCUGAAAGACUCAACCCCAUGUGAUUUUCCAGCAAUAUACAACUUUGGUGACUCUAACUCAGACACUGGAGGCAUAUCAGCAGCAUUUGUGCCAAUCCCUGCACCAUAUGGUGAGGGCUUCUUCCAUAAACCUGCAGGAAGAGACAGUGAUGGCCGUCUCAUUAUAGAUUUCAUAGCUGAGAAGCUAAAGUUGCCAUACUUAAGUGCUUAUCUGAAUUCCCUUGGAACCAAUUACCGGCAUGGUGCAAAUUUUGCUACUGGAGGAUCUACCAUUAGGAGGCAGAAUGAAACCAUAUUUCAAUAUGGGAUAAGUCCAUUUUCGCUUGACAUGCAGAUUGUGCAAUUUGACCAGUUCAAAGCACGCACCAAACAACUCUACCAAGAAGCCAAAACUUCACUUGAAAGAAGCAAGCUUCCAGUGCCUGAGGAGUUCUCUAAGGCUCUGUACACAUUUGAUAUUGGUCAAAAUGAUCUCUCCGUUGGCUUUAGAAAGAUGAACUUCAACCAAAUGCGUGAAUCGUUCCCAGAUAUUGUUAACCAGUUAGCCUCUGCAGUCAAAAUUAUAUACAAACAAGGAGGGAGGACAUUCUGGAUACACAACACAGCCCCUAUUGGGUGCUUGCCAGUGAACCUAUUUUACAAGCAUAAUCUACCACCUGGCUAUCUUGACCAAUAUGGAUGUGUCAAGGAUCAAAAUGAUAUGGCUGUAGAAUUCAACAAGCAGCUUAAGGAAGGACUGAUCAAGAUCAGAACAGAUCUACCAGAGGCUGCAAUUACUUAUGUAGAUAUCUAUGCUGCAAAGUAUGGACUAAUCAGCAAUACCAAAAAUGAAGGAUUUGUGGAUCCAUUGAAGAUCUGUUGUGGGUAUCAUGUGAAUGACACCCAUAUAUGGUGUGGGAAUUUAGGAAGCGCAAAUGGGAAAGAUGUGUACGGUACUUCUUGUGAAAAACCUUCAGAGUAUGUAAGUUGGGAUGGUGUUCAUUAUGCUGAGGCUGCUAACCAUUGGGUUGCUAAUCGUAUACUCAAUGGCUCUUUCACAGACCCACCAACACCAAUUACUCAAGCAUGUUACAGGCAUUAAAAGCAUUGAGUCAGAACCAUUUCUGUUUGGACAUUGUUAAGGGAAACCAUAUUAAAAAAUUCACAAUGACACGAGGUUUAUUUAUGUACUAGAUGAAAACCAGAAAUUUGGAGCUCCUUGAAUGUUCUAAUACACAACAUUCAGGAGAUAGCCAAUUCACCGGCUAAUUCGUGUUUUCAAAUAUCUGCUUGCAACCACUUCAUCAUUGGCCUUAACUCUGUGAAAGCAUUUUAUUUCUCAACUAGCAUGAAUGAACUUCUUAUGGAAAUUUUAUAUUAUGCAUUAAGAAAUUAAAUUGAUUACUAGUUGCUGCCUUCUCUGAAGUCAAUUGU